GAGUUUAAACUGGAGUUUGAGGAGAAGGGCGGACAACGGCGCCCUAUCCUCGCUCACAACGCCUCUCUAAAGGAUGAUGACUAUUCAUUUUCCCAACGCCUUCCCUGACUGUCCUUUUCCUGUUCCCCCAAAGCAGAGACCAAAGGAUGGGCGCCCAGAUGCAAAACCACCCCAGGAUAACAUAGGCUUCCAUCCCUUGUACCCAACAGACCCGAAGCUCCCCUCAAACCUUUCUCCCCUCACAAACCUCCCCUUCUACUCAGUUUUCUCCUAACAGGGAGAAAAGGGGCAGUUCCAUGCGCCUGGCCCAACCAGCUUCUGUCUGGCCUGUGGCGAGGGCUCCCUCUGCCGGACCCUGGAGAGAUUGUAGACAGCUGUCACAGAGCAGGGCAAGUGAAGAAAAGAGGUUGCGGCUGUAGAGCCCAGUGCUUGAAGUCAGACACCCACAUGAGUUCCCCCAUCCCACUCCUUAAAGCUUGCCCAUGGCCACAGCCAGAAGAAGGCGAGGUCCCAUGGCAUUAAAAUCGCUUGAAGCUCAUAGGCACGAUCAUUCCAUAACACCCGUCCCCCACAUACACACAUACACAGAGACCACCCAGGCAAAGCUCCACCCAAUCCUCAGGAUCCCUAAGACUGCUCUGUCUCUUUGGGACGGUUCUCCUUACAUCCUCCCCUGCCCUCCGCCCCAGUGAUGCUCUUUUCAACUCGAUUUACCAGGGCAGAUGUCAUGGAGAGGGUAGGGACACAGGGGAAGUUUUGCCCAGGGUUCUGUGCCUGAGAUAGUUAUCCGAUCUCCCCCCAUCUCCCUUCCUGCCUUUAUAACUUGCAGAUAUUGCUUCCCCUUCUGCAGUGUUCCCACACCCUCCUCUGAAACACCAUGUUCAACUCGAUGACCCCACCGCCAGUCAGUAGCUAUGGUGAACCCUGCUGUCUCCGGCCCCUCCCCAGUCAGGGGGCCCCCAGCAUGGGAACAGAAGGACUGUCUGGUAUAGCCUUCUGCCACCAGGCCAGCCUCAUGUCUGGCCCCCACAGUUAUGGGCCAGCCAGAGAGACCAACAGCUGCACCGAGGCACCACUCUUUCCUCCUCCCCGGAGUGCAGUCAAGUUGACCAAGAAGCGGGCACUCUCCAUCUCACCUCUGUCGGAUGCCAGCCUGGACCUGCAGACAGUUAUCCGCACCUCACCCAGUUCCCUCGUGGCCUUCAUCAACUCUCGCUGUGCAUCUCCAGGGGGCUCCUAUGGCCACCUCUCCAUCGGCACCAUGAGCCCAUCUCUGGGAUUUCCACCCCAGAUGAAUCACCAAAAAGGGACCUCGCCUUCCUUUGGGGUCCAGCCCUGUGGUCCCCAUGACCCCACCCGAGGUGGAAUGAUGCAACAUCCUCAGUCCCGAGGACCCCUCCCAACCUGCCAGCUGAAGUCUGAGCUGGACAUGCUGGUUGGAAAGUGCCCGGAGGAGCCCUUGGAAGGUGACAUGUCCAGCCCCAAUUCCACAGGCACACAGGACCCCCUGCUGGGAAUGCUGGAUGGGCGGGAGGACCUGGAGAGAGAGGAGAAGCCUGAGCCUGAAUCUGUGUAUGAGACUGACUGCCGCUGGGAUGGCUGCAGCCAGGAAUUUGACUCCCAGGAACAGCUGGUGCACCACAUCAACAGCGAGCACAUCCAUGGGGAGCGGAAGGAGUUCGUGUGCCACUGGGGGGGCUGCUCCAGGGAGCUGAGGCCCUUCAAAGCCCAGUACAUGCUGGUGGUGCACAUGCGCAGACACACGGGCGAGAAGCCACACAAGUGCACGUUUGAAGGGUGCCGGAAGUCAUACUCCCGCCUCGAAAACCUAAAGACGCACCUGCGGUCACACACAGGUGAGAAGCCGUACAUGUGUGAGCACGAGGGCUGCAGCAAAGCCUUCAGCAACGCCAGCGACAGAGCUAAGCACCAGAACCGAACCCACUCCAAUGAAAAGCCGUAUGUGUGUAAGCUCCCUGGCUGCACCAAACGCUACACAGAUCCCAGCUCGCUCCGAAAACACGUCAAGACAGUGCAUGGUCCUGACGCCCAUGUGACCAAGCGGCACCGAGGGGACGGCCCCCUGCCCCGGGCACCAUCCCUUGCCACAGUGGAGCCCAAAAGAGAGCGGGAUGGAGGCCCCAUCAGGGAGGAGAGCAGACUGACCGUGCCAGAGGGUGCCAUGAAGCCACAGCCAAGCCCUGGGGCCCAGUCGUCCUGCAGCAGUGACCACUCGCCAGCAGGCAGCGCAGCCAAUACAGACAGUGGUGUGGAAAUGGCUGGCAAUGCCGGGGGCAGCACUGAGGACCUGUCCAGCCUGGAUGAGGGGACUUGCAUUGCUGGCACUGGUCUGUCCACCCUUCGCCGCCUUGAGAACCUCAGGCUGGACCAGCUGCAUCAGCUCCGGCCGACAGGGCCCCGUGGCCUCCAGCUGCCCAGCUUGACUCACACCGCUACCCCUGUGUCCCGCCGUCUGGGCCCCCCAGUCUCUCUUGACCGCCGAAGCAGCAGCUCCAGCAGCAUCAGCUCAGCCUAUACUGUCAGCCGCCGCUCCUCCCUAGCCUCCCCCUUCCCUCCUGGCUCCCCACCAGAGAAUGGGGCAUCCUUUUUACCUGGCCUCACACCUGCCCAGCAGUACCUGCUCCGGACAAGGUAUGCUUCGGCCAGGGGGGGCAGCACCCCACCAACUGCAGCACCCAGCCUGGAUCGGGUGGGGAGUCUUCCUGCACCUCCUUGGAGAAGCCAAGUGGAGUAUCCAGGAUACAAUCCCAAUGCAGGGGUCACCCGGAGGGCCAGUGACCCAGCCCGGGCUGCUGAUCGCCCUGCUCCAGCCAGAGUCCAGCGGUUCAAGAGCCUGGGCUGUGUCCACACAUCUCCCACUGUGGCAGGGGCAGGACGGAGCUUUGAUCCCCACCUCCCAACCUCUGUCUACUCACCACAGCCCCCCAGCAUCACUGAGAAUGUCACCAUGGACACUAGAGGGCUACGGGAAGAACCAGAGGUUGGGGCCUCCAUGAUGAGCAGUGGCGUGAACCCCUAUAUGGACUUCCCACCUGCUGACACUCUGGGAUAUGGAGGACCAGAGGGGACAGCAGUUGAGCCUUAUGGAGCUAGGGGUCCAGGCUCCCUGCCUUUUGGGCCUGGUCCACCUACCAACUACAGCCCUAGCCCCUAUCCUGACCCCAGCCCAGAAACAUGGAGUGAGUUCCCCUCCCACUCUGGGCUGUACCCAGGCCCCAAGCCUUCAGGUGGGGCCUACAGACAGUAUCCUCGACUUGAACAUUAUGGACAAGUGCAGGUCAAGCCAGAACAGGGGUGCCCAGUGGGUUCUGACUCUACAGGACUGGCACCCUGCCUCAAUACCCACCCCAGUGAGGGGCCCCCACACCCACAGCCCCUGUUCUCCCAUUACCCCCAGCCUACCCCUCCCCAGUAUCCCCAAGCAGUCCCCUAUGUCCAGCCACUCCCUGAUUACUCUCCUUCAGAACCCAGGCCUGGCCUGGACUUCGACUCCCCUCCUCACUCCACAGGACAACUCAAGGCUCAGCUUGUGUGUAAUUAUGUUCAGUCUCAACAGGAGCUGCUGUGGGAGGGUGGGAGCAGGGGAGAGCCCCCAGUCCAGGAACCUCCCUACCAGAACUCCAAGUUUCCAGGGGGUUCUCAGGUUAGCCCGAGCCCUGCCAAGUCCUCCAUGGCUACAUAUGGACCUGGUUUUGCACCCAAUUUGUCCCAUCACAAGUCAGGCUCCUAUCCCACUCCUUCACAAUGCCAAGAAAAUUUCGUGGUGGGGGCAAACAGGCCUCCCCAUAGGGCAGCAGCACCACCCCGACUUCUGCCCCCAUUGCCCACUUGCUAUGGGCCCCUCAAGGCAGGAGGCUCCAACCCUAGCUGUGGCCAUCCUGAGGUGGGCAGGCUGGGAGUGGGUCCUGCCUUGUACCCUCCUCCAGAAGGGCAGGUGUGUAACCCCCUGGACUCUCUUGACCUUGACAACACUCAGCUGGACUUUGUGGCUAUUCUGGAUGAGGCCCAGGGGCUGAGUCCUCCUCCUUCCCACGAUCAGGGGGGCAGCUCUGAACAUACCCCACCUCCCUCUGGGCCUCCCAACAUGGCUGUGGGCAACAUGAGUGUCUUACUGGGAUCCCUGCCUGGGGAGACUCAAUUCCUCAACUCCAGUGCCUAAAGAGUGGGGAAUCCCAUCUAUCACAGAUC